GAACGCCUGCGCCGAGGAAAGGUGCUGCCUCUUCCACCCCUCCCGCGCGGGAAUUGGCACGGCGCCCCCUGGCGGCCGGGAGGAGCAGGAAAGAGCACUGGAAGCUGCUGGGCAACCUGAAGACCACAGUGGAAGGGUUGGUGUCCACCAGCAAUCCCAACGUCUGGUCCAAGUAUGGCGGCCUGGAGCGGCUCUGCAGGGACAUGCACAGCAUCCUGUACCAUGGGCUCAUCCACGACAAGCAGGUGUACUGCAGGCAGAAGGAUUACUGGCAGUUCGUGAAGGACAUCCGCCGGCUGAGUCCCACCUCUGCUCAUCACCUGGAGAAGUUCAUCAGCCUGCAUGAGAACAGCCAGCCCAGCCCAGACAGCCACAGUGACCAAGCUAUUGCACAGCUGUGGCUGCAGCACAGCCUGCAGUUCCACUGCCUCUCGGCACAACUCAGACCUCUCCUGGGGAACAGGCAGUACAUAAGGAAGUUCUACGCAGACACAGCCUUCCUGCUUAGUGACGCCCACGUCACAGCCAUGCUGCAGUGCCUGGAGGCUGUCGAGCAGAACAACCCCAGGCUGCUGGCUCAGAUCGACACAUCCAUGCUGGCCGGCACAUCACUGCCCUCCGUGUGCUCCUCAGGUCCCUCUGCUGGGACAGGAGAGAUGUGUGACCACGAUGCUAUAGGACAGCAGAGCCGCCUGCCUGGGGCACUGGGCUGCCUGGAUCAUCUCGCUGAGAGCCUGCUCACCAGGAAGGGUGAAGGUCUGUCUCCAGUGACAAAGAGUCAGAGCCUGACUGCGCUUCCUGGGUCUUUCUAUACCCUGUCUCCAGGCUGCAUGAAGCAGCACCACUGCGGGUCCUUCUCCAGUCUGCCUCACCCGGCCUCCUCUGGCCUUCCAGACAGGAGACCAGCAAGCUCCUCCAUCAGCUCCAGCUCCAGCCAACCCCAGGAACACUGCCUGGCCUCCCGGUCCUCCUCCUUCAGUGAGGGCAGAUCUCCUUUGGAGCAGCCCAGCGCUGUCCCUCCAUCCCACAUCCCCUCACCCAAAGACCCCUUCUCCCCAGCCAGCGAGAUGAGUUCCAGCACCACCAGCCAGAGCGAGGACACUUGGGCAGGGAGUCAGGAUGAUCCACAAAGCGAUGCUAACGAUGGGCCGGAGUACCUGGCCAUUGGGAACUUGGGGCGCCGGGGCCGGGCCUGCAGCAGCACCAGCACCAGCAGCAGUAAGAGCAGCAGCUCCAACAUGUUCUCCUCUAGCAGCUCCCAGAAGCUGGACUCAGGGGACCGGGGGGCGAACGGAUGUGGCAGCAGAGGCUUGGGCCUGUUGCGCCGGUCCAGCUUUUCAGAGGGACAGUCAUCGGUGUCGCAGGGCAUCCUCAAGAAGAGCCAUCUGCGCUCACACUCUGACACCAAUGUGGCUUCGGGGAAAUUGCAUGAGUCCCAUGCUGAUACAGGUGGAGGAAGAGGGACUGUCUCUGGUUCCACCCAGAGCAGCGAACUGAGCACACCCAGCUCCCUCUACAUGGAGUAUGACUCUGGCCAGUACCUGAGCUCGGGAGAAGGGAUGUUCAGAAGACCCUCAGAAGGGCAGUCCCUCAUCAGUUACCUCUCUGAGCAGGACUUUGGCAGCUGUGCAGAUCUGGAGAAGGAGAAUGCUCAUUUUAGCAUCUCAGAGUCACUAAUUGCUGCUAUCGAGCUGAUGAAAUGCAACAUGAUGAGCCGGCAGCUGGAGGAGGAAGAGGAAGACAGCGACAAGGAGAUCCAGGAGCUCAAACAAAAGAUUCGCAUUAGGCGCCAGCAGAUCCGCACCAAGCACAUGUUCUCUACCUGCCAGGAGAUGGGCUCAGACAGCCUUGUGGCGACAGACAGCGAGUCCCAGUUCAGCUCCCACGGCUCCAUGCGCCUGUCUGAUUCGGGCUCUGCAGAGGAUGUGGAGGAGUACGAGAUCCGAGAUGGUAACGAUGGAUCUAACCUGAUUCAAAUGUCCAAGGACGGCCUCUCAGUGUCAAUGGCUUCCUUGUUCUCAGAUGCAGACAUCAAGAGGAACCCUGACUCCAGCAGGAAGCCCUUUCUCUCCUCAGAGUCCAUAUCCCACUCAUUCGGCAAUUCAAACUCUGCAGAAGCUGUGGCCAUGGGUUUGCUGAAGCAGUUUGAGGGCAUGCAGCUGCCAGCUGCCUCCGAAUUGGAAUGGCUCGUCCCUGAACACGAUGCCCCGCAGAAGCUCUUGCCCAUCCCCGACUCUCUGCCUGUCUCUCCCGAUGAUGGAGAACACGCUGACAUCUACAAGCUGAGGAUUCGGGUGCGUGGAAACCUGGAGUGGGCCCCCCCACGACCACAGAUCAUCUUCAACGUUCAUCCAACCCCAACGAGGAAGGUAGCUGUGGCCAAGCAGAAUUACCGGUGUGCAGGCUGUGGCAUCCGGACCGAUCCUGAUUACAUCAAGCGACUGCGGUACUGUGAGUACCUGGGGAAGUAUUUCUGCCAGUGCUGCCACGAGAACGCCCAGACAGUCAUCCCCAGCCGCAUCCUGCGCAAGUGGGACUUCAGCAAGUACUAUGUGAGCAACUUCUCCAAAGACCUGCUGAGCAAGAUCUGGAGCGACCCGCUCUUCAACGUGCAAGAUAUCAAUCCUGCCCUGUACCGGAAGGUGAAAUCUCUCAACCAAGUGUGGCUGCUGCGAAUCCAGCUCUUCCACAUGAAGAACAUGUUUAAGACCUGCCGGCUAGCUAAAGAUCUCCUGGACUCCUUCGAUGCGGUGCCUGGUCACUUGACAGAGGAUUUGCAUCUCUACUCUCUAAGCGACCUCAGUGCCACCAAAAGGGGGGACCUGGUGCCUCGCCUGACGGAACUCCUGAAGGCAGGCAGCCUGCACGUUGAGAAAUGCAUGUUGUGCCAAGCCAAAGGCUUCAUCUGUGAGUUCUGCCAGAAUGAAGGCGACAUCAUCUUCCCCUUUGAGCUCAACAAGUGCAAGACAUGUGAAGAAUGCAAAGCCUGCUACCACAAGUCCUGCUUCAAGUCCACACGCUGCCCUCGCUGCGAGCGACUCCAAGCCCGGAGAGAGCUGCUGGCCAAGCAGAGCAUGGAGUCCUACAUCUCAGACUAUGAAGAUGAUGAGCUGGAGCAGCAGGAGGCAGCAACAGCCACCUAAGCAUGGUGCAGCAGAGGAGCAGGCACUAGGUCUAUUUACACCGUCAUCACCAGAGACUGAACCAAGCAUACUUACGGUGAGGAGGACUGGCAGGACACUCGUCAUACCUGGAGUAGUGUCAAAGGGAUCUGCUUUCCCCUGUACAGCAGUGUUAAGGAAGGAGUAUCUUCUGUCAUCUGGUCUGUUCCAGGUAAUGGACACCCUGUGAUGCCUUGAUGUGGGGAAAGGUGGUGGCCAGUCCUGUCUGUCCUGCAGGCAGAAAGUGAGUCUUUACCAGGCAAUCACUUGUGAGCCUGUCUGCAGCCUUCUCCUUGUCCAUCUCCAUCUCCUUCUUCCUGGAGGAGUCCUCGGUGGGGUCAGCACUUUCUGCUCAUCAGCUGGACACUGAAAGCUCUGGCUGUCCGCUCCUGGGAGAGGGAAGUCAGCUCUCCAAAUCCUCCCAUCCUGCGUCUUGCUGCUAGUUUGUACAUGGAAGUAGGGGAAGGUUUGGGGGGAGGGGGUUGAUGGAACAUUUAGCAGUUCCCUUUUUUAACAUCUGGAUUGGAACCAUUGCCAGUAAACCAUUGCUCUCCCUCCAGAAUCAGAACAGAGGAAGUAGCAAUGAUGUAAACACUGUAUGUCAGCCCUACCUCCCCCCACACUAUCCAUGCUGAGCUGCUCCAUCUCCUUCCACCCCAAAGGCAUUGCAGUGGGGGCAGCUGGGAUGUGCGGCUGUGUGAGGGGACUGGUACUGCUGGGCAUGGGGCUGGAGGCAGCUCUGCAUGGCAGGACACACAGUUAGCAAGGCUUCAAACCUCAUAUCCCCUUCAUGCUGCUGCUCUGUCCUCCCUGAAGGCUGCCUCUUCCUGUAAAAGGGACAUGGCACCUCCCCAUGGCAGCAGCAUCAGGGCCUGCCUUGCAUGCAGCUGUCUUCUGCCUGUACCAGUCAGGAUGUGUAAAGCCUCUUGGCUCAGUCCUCUGAUCACCUCCCCCUAACCUCUCUGUCCUGGUUUUUUUUUGUUGUUGUUUUUUUUUUUUUAGUUGGCUGGAUUUGGUUUUAUUUUUUAAAUGUGAUUGUAUGUAUUUUUAACUGUUUGUUCCCCAUCCCAAGGAGAUGCUCAUUUUAGGGAGCAUACAAUUUGCUUGGGACUUAGUAGUCUAAAAUAUCCAAAGCUUACCUGCUCCUGGUCCAUCACCCCCUGACAGGGGCUGGGGAGUGCCAGGGGUUCCCUCUCCCAUCAGCUCUGCUGCCCUGGGGAGAGGGGUCACCAAGUCCCUCUAGGGAACAGAGCAGGCUGCUCCCAGAAAGAGUGCACCUGAGAGAGGCCUGGCCCUGGAAAUACUGCAAGGUGCCUCUGUAGCCAGGGAUGCUUUAUCCCAUGGCAUGCGUCCAGCACCAAGUUAUCAUGGGAGGGACACGUGCACCCAGCAUUAGGGUGGAUGUUAAGAAGGAUAGUGGAGCCUGUGUAUGUGCAAGAAGGGUGGUGAAGGGCAGGGGGCAAUAUGCUGUGAGAAGGCUUUCAAGUUGUGUCUAGGUAUGAAGUGUUGGAAGGGCAAGGAUGGGACUGGGAGAGGUGGCCGCAGUGUGACUCCAAGCCUUGCUGAUAGGACAGCAUCUCUUCCCUGUGCUGCAGCAUCCUGCCACAACCAGCUCUAGGGGUCUCAACCUGAAGCAGUUCCAUUCCCCACCUGCUCCCCUGAGUUCUUGCCUCCUCCCAUCUAUCCUCAUUUUCCCCAGGAGAGCAGUUGCUCUCCUACCUGCUCUGCAGCUGGAAGCUCUGGAGCUACCACAACUUGGUCUACCUUGCCAGCAGAAAGCAUUGCCACUGUUCUUGCCUCUGGUCCACGCGCUGCCAUCCAGCUCAGCAGGACGAGCUGGCCUCCCUCCUCCUGGGAUCUGGCUCAGAGCAGCACAACUUCAUCCACACCAUUUUGUUUGAAGCACUUUAAUGUCAUGGGGCACUGGCUGAGAGGUUGCCCACAUCCCGUUCUAGAAGCACUGAGUAUAUUUAGAGAAAAGCAAAUGGAUUUUGGUUUAUUUGUGUUUUCUUCCCUCCGUCUGAAAACAAUGGGGACUUGAAACCUGGCAGAGGGCUCUGGAGCAAGGUGAUGUCCAACACUAACAUCCUGAUGUGAUGCUGGAGCUUGCCAAGGCCCCAACAGUUUCUAAAGGAAAACCACAAGCUGCCCCAGCAUUUCACUGGAGCCCUCCCAAUGGGACUGCUGCACAGCGUAGCAAUGAAAAUGCCGUCCCUAAUAAACUAAGUUAACAUGA